AUGUGUACUGUCUCCUUUUUUGCUUAUUACUGUCUUAUCUCUGGCACUCAGCCUUAUCUCUGGCACUCAGCCUUAUCUCUAUCUGUCUCUCAUAUAUGGAAUAUCACUAUCACUUUUCUCUGGCACAUAUCACUGUUUCUCCAUCUUGUUUGUGGCACUUUUUCUCUGGUAUCUACAUUCUCUCUGUCUUCUGUCUGGUACAUGCUCUCAUUCUCUCUGGCAUAUGCCCUCUCUCUCUUUCACUCUACCUUCAGCCUCCCAUCUCCCCCUCAGCACACUUUCUCUCCCCUCACUCUCUCAUUCUUUCUUUUUUUCUUUUUACUCCUUUCAACCCUUUUUCUUUUAACCAUUUUUCUUUCCUCUUUUUUACUUCAUUUCUCCUCCAUUUUUCUUUCCUCUUUUUACUUCAUUUCUCCUCCAUUUCGUCUUCUCUUUCUCUGUAUCUCUCAUUUUCUUCUUCUCAUCUAUUGCUUCUUUGUUAAAUGGAUAUCUCUCUCUAUCCCUUCUUUUGAUUUUGUCUAUCUCUCCCUAUCAUUUCACUCCUUCUUUAUCUCUCUCACUUCUCCUUUUGCUCUUUCUCACUCACUCUGGCUUUUCUCUUUUUGCUCUCUCUCUCUCUCUCUCUCUGCCUCUUCCCCUCUUCUCACUCCCCCUCUCACCUUUUGCUCUUUCUCCCCCUCUCACCUUUUGCUCUUUCUCCCCCUCUCACCUUUUGCUCUUUCUCCCCCUCUCACUGUUUAUCUUUCUCCUUCCUCUCACUGUUUAUCUUUCUCCCUCCUCUCACUGUAUCUCUCUCUCCCCCUCUCACACUGUAUCUCUCUCUCCCCCUCUCACACUGUAUCUCUCUCUCCCCUAUCACACUUUAUCUCUCUCACCCCUCUCACACUUUCUCGCUCCCCCUCUCACUCUCUCUUUGCCUCUUUUUUCCCUUUUUCUCUGCCUUCUUUUUUCCCUUUUUCUCUCUCUCUCUCUCUCUCUGCCUUCUUUUUUCCCUUUUUCUCUCUCUCUCUCUGCCUUCUUUUUUCUCUCUCUCUGCCUUCUUUUUUCCCUUUCUCUCUCUCUGCCUUCUUUUUUUCCCCUUUUUCUCUCUCUCUGCCUUCUUUUUCCCUUUUUCUCUCUCUGCCUUCUUUUUUUCCCUUUUUUCUCUCUCUCUCUGCCUUCUUUUUCCCUUUUUUUCUCUCUCUCUCUGCCUUCUUUUUUUCCCUUUUCUCUCUCUCUCUGCCUUCUUUUUUUCCUUUUUCUCUCUCUGCCUUCUUUUUUUCCCUUUUCUCUCUCUGCCUUCUUUUUCCCUUUUUCUCUCUCUGCCUUCUUUUUUCCCUUUUUCUCUCUCUGCCUUCUUUUUUCCCUUUUCUCUCUCUCUGCCUUCUUUUUUCCCUUUUUCUCUCUCUCUCUGCCUUCUUUUUUCCCUUUUUUCUCUCUCUCUGCCUUCUUUUUUCCCUUUUUCUCUCUCUCUCUGCCUUCUUUUUUUUCUUUUUCUCUCUCUCUCUGCCUUCUUUUUUCCCUUUUUCUCUCUCUCUCUGCCUUCUUUUUUCCCUUUUUCUCUCUCUCUCUGCCUUCUUUUUUCCCUUUUUCUCUCUCUGCCUUCUUUUUUCCCUUUUUCUCUCUCUGCCUUCUUUUUUCCCUUUUCUCUCUCUGCCUUCUUUUUUCCCUUUUUCUCUCACUCUCUGCCUCCUUUUUUCCCCUUUUCUCUCACUCUAA